AUGAACAAAGAGAAUAGAUCUUCCGAAGGUGUAGGCCCCACAGUGCGAAUCACACGAGCACGGGCUAAAGCCUUGAGCUCGUCAGAAGGAUUGCCACCUUUGUAUCCCUCAACCAAACAGGAUGGUAAACGGGUUCUGCAAACAAAUUCCAAAAGAGCAGCGUCUGACGAAAACAAACCUGCUGCAAGUUCCUCUAAAUUUCCUCAGCAUAAGAAGAGGGCUGUUCUUAAAGAAGUAACUAACAUGCUCUGUGAAAAUUCAUACAGAAACUGCAUCAAUGCAACAAAAGUUCAGCUUAGCAAACUGGAUAGAACAGGCACCACAAGAAAAAAUGCAAGGGUGGCACAUGAUAUUUGUGUUAAAGAGUCUCAAGUUACAGAGGAUAGAAGAGAAAACAUAACUGAAGAGAUUAACGCAACAAAGAUGGAGAAAUCACAAGAUAUUUGCUUCCCUGUAAACGUCAAAGAGUUGGUAACAGUUCAACCAAGUGAAUGUGUCAGCUCAAUGGAAAAACAAAAUUCUAGUAAGCACAAUCCAUGGUGGAGUCGAAUGAAGCGAGGAGAAACCACUUUCUGGACUGAACAAGAAAACUUGGAUAACGUGGGCUUUACGGAUAUAGAUUCAAAACACAAGGAUCCACUGAUGUGCAGCAUGUAUGCCCCUGAUAUAUAUAGAAAUUUGCAUGCAACGGAGUUUGACCGAAGGCCUUCUUGCAAUUAUAUGGAAAAGCUGCAGAGAGACAUCAACCCGGGCAUGCGAGGGAUACUGAUUGAUUGGCUUGUGGAGGUUUCUGAAGAGUAUAGGCUGGUUCCAGACACACUUUACCUUACUGUAAACCUUCUCGACCGGUUCCUGUCUGAAAACUAUAUUGAGAAGCAAAAAUUGCAGCUGCUUGGUGUAACUUGCAUGCUAAUUGCUUCAAAAUAUGAAGAAAUCUGCGCACCUCGUGUGGAAGAGUUUUGUUUUAUCACAGAUAAUACCUACACAAAAGAAGAGGUCGUGAAAAUGGAAAGUCGUGUUUUGAACUUAUUGGGUUUUCAAUUAUCUGUUCCCACUACAAAGAAGUUCCUUAGGAGAUUCAUUCAAGCAGCACAGGUUUCAUAUGAGGUUCCAUCUGUUGAACUGGAAUUCUUGGCAAAUUAUUUAGCAGAGUUAACUCUAACCGAGUACAGUCUCCUAGAGUUUCUUCCAUCCCUUGUUGCUGCAUCUGCUGUAUUUCUAGCCAGAUGGACACUUGAUCAAACAGACCAUCCAUGGAAUUCAACUCUGGAGCAUUACACCAACUACAAGGCAUCGGAGAUGAAAACCACUGUUCUCGCAUUGCAUGACUUGCAGCUAAACACUCAUGGAUGCAAGUUGCCUGCAAUACGUGAAAAAUAUAAACAAUCUAAGUUCAAGUGUGUGUCAACUCUCAGUUCUCCAAAACCCAUUCAAUCACUUUUCUAG